GGAGAGCAGAGAAGGAAAGGAGGGACAUUGAGGCCAAUGGAUACCCACACCCUCUCCAAAGAAAUGUCCACCUCCUCUCACUGAGAAGGUUCAAGAAGGUUUCUUGUCUCUGAGUGUUCUCCCAGCUAUAACUCUAGGCAGGCUCCUCCCUCCCCACACAUCUGCUCCUGCUGUCCCUCCUCCAGGUGACCCCAGCCAUGAGGACCCUUGCUCUCCUUGCUGCCAUUCUCCUGGUGGCCCUGCAGGCUCAGGCGGAGUCACUCCAGGCAAGAGCUGCAGCCCAGGAGCAGCCUAGAGCAGAUGAUCAGGAAGUGGUUGACUCCUUUGCAUGGGACGAAAGCGCCACUCUUCAGGUUUCAGGCUCAACAAGGGGUUUGGUCUGUUCUUGCAGAUUAGUAUUCUGCCAGCGAACAGAACUUCGUGUUGGGAACUGUGUCAUCGGUGGUAUCAGCUUCACAUACUGCUGCUCGCUUGUAGAUUAACAUUCUGCUGUCCAAGAGAAUGUCAUGGGGGGAACGUCAUCAUCGGUGGUGUGAGCUGCACAUGCUUCUGCAGCUGA